CCUUCGUCGACCACAGUUCUCUAUCUCCCUCUAUUUUGUAGCUUUACAUUACAUUCGUAUAUGAUUUGAUUUAAUCUUGGAUGAAAUAGUUGUCUCUCCACUUACCUUCUCUGUUGGCUAUCGGCAACGAAGCGCAGCUCGUACGUUCACCUUCCUUCGAUGGCCACUUCUGCACCACCAUUAGAUUCUCAGAAGACUCCAACGGAUGAGUCAACUCGGGGCGAACCACAGAUUACCAUUUUCUACAAUGGACAAGUUUUUGUCUGCGACGUGACAGAACUUCAGGCUAGGGCUAUUAUUUUGUUGGCAACUAGGGAAAUGCGAGGAGAAGGGACAUCAUCGAGGUGGUCCAGCGCAGUAUUGCUUGCAUUGCGGUCUAAAAUUUACGGGCCUCCAGGUGUGUCCAUGAAGAGGUCUCUUCGAAGCUUCCUCCAAAAGAGAAAGCAAAGAAGUCAAGCAGCUUCUCCAUACAACUCCACCAACAAUCAGUAAUUAUUAUGCUAGAUUGCUAAUGUACAAGUUUUUCUGCCACAAGUAAUUUUGGCUUAUUAAUGGAAACAAAAUUAGGUGGUUUUCUUGUCACAAGAAAAUGGAAAAUUAGCUUUUGAUGAAAGUUGUUCAAGUUUUAGCACAACCCAAGUUCAUAGCCAGGAGAUAUCAUACUUGGGAGGUUUAUUCCUCGUAAUCAAUACUGAAUUAAAGUUA